GGGACACCUUCUGUAUAAGACACUCCUCCUCCAUUCCUUCUCUUCUCCACUUCUUCCUUCCUCUCUCUCUCUCUCUCUCACUCCAGCUACCCCCUAACCAUCUGCUCCUCCAAGACGAUACAAUAAAGAUGCGCUCCUCGCUUUUCCUGGCUGUUGCCUCCGCUAUCAUCGCCUCCGUCGCUGCUCACGAUGGCCCCCACGAUACCCCAGAAACACCCUCCGUCUGCUUGACCACGCCUUCCGACGCAUCCUGCUCGACUUACUCCAUCCCUAAUGCCACCAUCACCGAUGCCAUCGCCGAUAUCUGCAAGACCUCGUCCUUCCUCCCUGGAUGCUCACUCAACACCGCCUGCUCUGCAGACUCGACCCUCAAUGCCACCUACUGUGCUCCUUUGUCCAUUCUGGCCACGCUCUGCUCCGCUCCCGAUGACGGCGCCCUCACUGGUGCCGCCUGCACAAAGACUUACUCUGUCUUUUGUGCCUCCAACUCCUUGAUCCCCGCCUGCAAGUCCCAGCGUGCCUUCUCCGGCCUCCCCUCGGGCAAGGUCGUCACUGGAACGGUCUACUCAGUCUGCCAGGAAAUGCCCAUGAUGACCGACUGCAAGAUCUGUCCCGGCCCCGAUGCCACAACCGGCUACAGCAUCUGCGACGAGGUCAAGGCUUGGAAGGGACUCUGCCUGAGUAUGCCCGACAUGACCCAGUGCCCCUCCUUCAACACCAUGUGCAAGAACACAACCUUUGCUCCCUUCUGCGAUGCCAAAUACGUCUCCCCCAGCGGAAACAACGGCAGCACUACCACUACUACAGGGUCUAGUGCCACUCCUACGCCCAAUGGCCAAACCAAACCCAGCAGCGCUGGUGCUCUCGUUGGUUCCUGGAUCAUGACAUCGCUCCUCGCCGUCGUUGCAGGCGUCUCUGCCUUUGCUCUGUAAAAACCACACCCUGUAUUAAUCUCUUUACACAUAGUCUAUAGUACAAGCACUAAUAAUACUCAUUUUCAUA